AUGCCAUCUGCCACAAAGCCUAGUAAAAACCAACUCCGAAGAGCUCGCAAGAAGGCUCUCAAAUCUGAGCCCACUGGCACUUCUGCGACGGAAAAUGGAGACAUCAGCAAAGAAGCCCCGGCGCCCGUGUCUGUACCUCAGAAUGAGCCAGAAACGACCAUUGCUCCCGUGAUUCCCGAACCGGACGACCCUCUUUGGGAGAUGUACAAGGAUCUUGCUAGCAAGUUUGACGAAGGGCCAGGGGAUAACACCGCGGCCAAAGAAGCCGAAAAGCCCGAAGUGUACUUUGACGACGAGGACGAGAUUCCCGACGAGGAGCAAGAACGUGAACCGAAAUUGUCAAAGAAGAAGCGCAAGGAAAUGAACAAGUUGUCGGUGGCCGAACUCAAGGCUCAGGUUUCCAAACCCGACAUCGUGGAAUGGACAGACACAUCAGCCACCGAUCCCCGGCUUCUCGUUCACAUCAAGGCUCACCGGAAUGUGGUUCCUGUUCCUUCCCACUGGUCUCUGAAGCGGGAAUAUCUCUCUUCCAAACGAGGAGUGGAAAAAGCGCCCUUUUCGCUUCCCAAAUUUAUUCAGGAGACCGGGAUUGCCGAAAUGCGGGACGCCGCCUUGGAGAAACAAGAACAGUCUAGCCUGAAACAGAAACAGCGAGAAAGGGUUCAACCGAAGAUGGGACGACUGGAUAUCGAUUAUCAAAAACUCUACGAAGCGUUCUUCCGCUUCCAAACCAAGCCUGAGCUCACCCGCUACGGUGAAAUUUACUACGAAGGAAAAGAACAUGAGACAAAUCUUCGACAUCUGCGACCCGGUGAACUCAGUGAUGAAUUGAAGGAGGCUCUGAAUAUGCCCCCGGGCGCUCCGCCCCCAUGGCUGAUCAAUCAACAGCGAUUCGGACCCCCUCCAUCAUAUCCAGCGCUGAAGAUUCCCGGCCUCAAUGCACCUCCCCCUCCAGGGGCGAUGUGGGGCUACCAUCCUGGAGGAUAUGGAAAGCCGCCCGUAGACGAACACAACCGGCCACUGUACGGCGGUGAUAUCUUUGGCGUGUUACAACCUCAACAGAACGUUCAACAAGGCGAGCCCGUGGAGAAGGAUCUUUGGGGAGAGUUGCAAGAAUCCGAGGCGGAAGAAGAGAGUGACGAGGAGGAAGACGAGGAAGGUUCAGAUGAAGAAGAAGGGGACGACGAGGAGAAAGAAUCUGGUAUUCACCCCGAGCGGCUUGGAGACACCAAGUGGCAUGGCGUCCGCCAUGCCUUCCGACAUCACCGAGGCACUGAGACCGAAGAAUCCGUGCACCCACGCAGUGCUUACCAGGUCAUUCCCGAGAAGCAGACUAGCGUUCAAGGCUUCUUUGGUGGUGACCGAGCAUAUGACCUCAGCUCGUCUGCUGGGGCUCAUCCUGUCCUCGGUGUAGACGACCAAAGCCGAAAACGAAAGAAGCCCGGUGAUGUGGAAGUUUCGGUUGAUAUCGAUGCUCUCCAGUCUGGGGAUGGUCUUAGCAAGGAGCGCCUUCAGGAUCUGUAUGAGACCCAGCGACAGCAACAAAACCAACCGCAGUGGGGCUUCCAGGAGGACCUCAGCGAUAUGAUUGCACAGGAAAGUCGGAAGCGACUGCGCAAGGAAGAGGAAAAGCGAGGCAAGCGUUGA